GAGGAGUCCCUAAUGAUGCAGGUGUUAGGCCUACACAGUGUCCCCCUAGACAUCGCCAGAUUUCGUUUCUGGAGAUAAACAAAGAAGACGCCAUAUUACACAAGGUAUUAGGUAUACGCGAUUGCGGUAUGGCGUUCUCCAUGGUCAAAUUAUACAGCUGGUACAACGAAACUUAUGCGGAAAUCGGAGACUGCCGUACAAUCUGACCACGUUUUAAAGUUUGUGUAUGACAAAGAUGCGCAGUUUAUAAGGGGAAUUGUGCAAGCCUCCAUGCGAGACCGGAGCUACAGGUUACUAUAUCCUGUCUCCUUAUACAAAAGAUUAUGCUCAGCUUAUGAUCUGUCAAAGAAGGAUGCCAUUAUUUGGGGGACGUGCAAUGAAAAAGUCGCAAUUGAAAAGUGUAGAACUUUUGGGGAUGCAGUUGUAGAGCCAACAGGUAUCUGGCUACACUGUAAUGGGGUUCUUGGGUCAAGCCCCGAUGGACUCAUUCGUCGUCCUGCUGCAUUCGGAUUCAGCUAUCAGAAUCCAGGACUCGCUGACAUAUUAGAGAUGUCAAACGUUAAGCCAGAAAUACUGGAGGUGAAAUGCCCCUUUUCAGCAAAGAAUAUGACAAUUCCAGAAGCUAUUGAAAAAGUACACGAUUUCUGCCUAGGUAAUAAUAGUGUAGGUUCAGGAUUUUAAUGGAGUCAAGUCCUUCAAGCUAUGAGAGAACCACCAAUACUAUGAUCAAGUGCAAGGACAGCUUCAUAUAAUUGGGAAAUCCUUGUGUGAUUUUAUGGUCUGGACACCAAAAGACUGUGCGAUUGUGAGAAUUAACAAAGACA